AUGACAUCCAGAAAAGCAACUAUCAGGAAAGGCAAACUUGUAUCAGGGCCAAACGCUAAGCUGAAGGGCGAAACCGAGAUCCGGAACCUUGAUCAGGAAGAAGUCUACAAGUACCUCGGAGUAGACCAGAGCGACGGAAUACAGCACAGUCUCAUGAAGGAGAAGAUCCGGAAAGAGUAUUACCGUCGGGUCAGACUCAUCCUCGACACUGAACUCAAUGCCAAGAACAAGAUGCACGCAAUAAACAGCUUAGCCGUGCCAGUGCCGCAGUACAGCUUCGGGAUCAUCGACUGGAGAGAAAUAGAGAUCCAGGAAAUGGACAGGAAGACCCGGAAACUACUAACAAAGUACAGAGUCCUGCAUCCGAAGGCUGACAAAGACCGAAUCUAUAUCCCUAGAAGCAGCCUAAGCGAGUACAUCAAGCGAGGAGAUGACAAGUAUACCAGAAUCGUAAAGAGACAUGAAUCAGAGAAGAGGAAAUACUCUCUUGUCAACAAAGGCGAUGAAUUCAAGAAGAAGUAUAUACCGCCCCAGCCUGGAGCCCAGUCAACACAGCCAAGUUUGCAAACCAUCAAGCGACAGAUGAAGGAAGCAUUGGCUGACGAGAAAAUCAACACCUACUCGUCGAAGCCUCUCCACGGUCAAUUCUACAGUCAAACAUUCGAGAAUUACGUAGAUAGAAAAUUGACCUUUGGAUGGCUUCGGAGCUCUGGGCUCAAAGGACAGACAGAGAGUCUCCUUACGGCAGCACAAGAUCAGGCGCUGAACACCAGAUACCAUCAGAGGAAGAUCUUGAAGAUGGAGGUGGACAGCAAAUGCAGACUUUGCCAGCAGCAAGAAGAGCAUGUGAGCCACAUAGUUGCUGGAUGCUCGGUACUAGCGCUAAAUGAGUACACCCAUAGGCACAACCGGAUAGCUAGCUACCUGCACUGGUCAAUUCUAAGAGAGAUUGGCCUCCCUGCAUCUGAUCAGUGGUACGAGCAUCAGCCGGAAAAAGUCGUUGAAACAGAGACAAUCACUGUGAUGUACGACAUGCCUGUUAACACAGAUCGGACCAUUGGAGCCAAUCGACCGGACAUCAUCUUCCACGACAAGGUCAAGAAAAGAUGUCUAUUGAUUGACGUGGCAGUGCCAAAUGAUGCGAAUGUAUCGUCCAAAGAAGCAGAAAAGAUCAGCAAAUACAAGGACCUGGAGAUCGAGAUUUCGCGCAUGUGGCACACUAAGACCCACAUUUACCGCCGGCGGCUGGCUAGUUUCCAAGAUCCUCGCGGUCUGCCUAUGCAAAGGAGAGCAGAUGAGCUGGAGCUUCCCGCCGGAAUGUCCCCUCGGCAUAUAUUUCACGCCGAGGGGGAUCUCCGCCGCAGAAAGCCCGUUGGAGCCACCAGGGUCAGCACCUCUGGCAAAUCUCUUGUACGAAUCAUUCAACCUCUAACGUGUAAUGAAUACACAAUUCAUUACAUCACUAACAAUACACCAGCUGAAUCCCUUUCAUAG